AUGAGAAUAAGAAGGGGACUUAUCAAUCCUGUUGGAUCUAUAAUUAAAGCUCUUACUGGAAACUUAGACAAUGAUGAUGCAGUCAGAUACGAUAAAUUGAUAAGCAGUAUGCAAUCGAAACAAAAUGUAAUGAUGAAUAAAAUUACUUUAGUUUCCGAGAUGGUCGAUACAUUUGUUAACAUUACCAACUCAACGAGAAACAACUUUAUAAUAUUAGAAAAAACUAUUAAGGAAAUUGAAGAAAUUUUGAAUAACACCCAGUUCCAAAGAAGGUCGAAAAUAGUAUCGCUCUCUCAGCCUUGCAGAGAAAUAGACGAAGGAAAGUUCCUUUGUUACGACAGCAACGUAUCUUCAGAAGAGGAAAGCAAAUGCAUUACAGAUUUGAUGACGUUCUCUAUGAAGAUAACAUCGUGCCUGCCUGUACCAGUAAAUGCAUCUACGAUUAAAGUAAAAGCCAUACAACCAGACUCUUGGAUAAUUUUCGCAGGUUUCUCUACAUUCUUAACAGAAUACUGCGGCAACGACAUGAGCCAACACGACAUCAUGGGCACCUACAUCAUAACCCUGAACAACGCCUGUGAAGUAAAACUUGGUACAACAACUUUAAGAAAACACCGUCUCCAGACAGGAGAUGUUGAAUUCCGCAGCUCACCAGCUAUACACUUACCUAGCAUCAUGACACCAAAGGACACCGUGCCACGGAAAACUAUCAGCCUAGACGAGAUCAACUUAGAAAAUCUACAGUUUCUAUCACACGCCUUAAAAGACAACAGUGAAGUGAUAAAUAGUGAAGGGCAUUUUGUGAAUGUGCACAGUGUUAGUAUAGGAACUAUUGUAAUUUACCUCAUUUUACUUAUUAUGUUAAUGAUAGCUAUGUAUCGUUAUAGACAUGUAUUAGUACGUAAGCCGAAUCAAAAUCAUCAGCCUCGUGAUGAACCUUCGGAUGAUGAUUUUGCACUUACGGAGGGAGGAGUUAUGUGUAGCCAAUCCUUUCCUCGUAUAGUUACCAUAAGCAAAGAUCACGCCAUGCCACCCAGCGGUUCCAAGUAA